CAAAUUGCCAAUUACGCCGCCGUUUUGAGGUGGUCCUUCAGACAUCAUUUCCCCCCACCUUCCUCGUCAACAAAUGAGUGCUCAGAUUGCCAUCACUCCCCACCACUGAUCUCAUCUCUCUAUCCAACCGGCGCAGCUCUGCCCUGAGCUUGGGGGCUGUCACUCCAUCAGCUGAUCCGUGGGUUGGGCGAGGACAAGUUAACUUUGUGACCAUCUUCCCUUUUGUACAAACUCCAGCGAGUCUCAGAGUCUCGGAUUUCUAUGUAAACCACUGCCCCACUCUGGAGAUAACUGCCGAAAUCGUGAAUUGGCUCCACCUCGGUUGUUGGUGCUUGAACUUGUGGAUACCACCCUGUAUCUAAAGAAGCUUUGGAAGUACCACUUUGAAACGUAACAAUGUUGGCAGAGAUGGGGUCGCGGGUUGCCCAGGUUUAUGAGGGGCUGUUAAAAGGAGACCCAAGGAUUGAAGAAUAUCCCUUCAUGGUAUCUCCAGUCCCUAUGACUGCUGUGCUUUUGUUCUACGUAUAUUUUGUACUGUCUCUGGGACCCAGGCUCAUGGCUGGCAGAAAGCCCUUCGACCUUAAGAAGAUUAUGGUCUGCUAUAACUUUGCACUGGUGUUUUUCUCGAUAUUCAUAGUCUAUGAGUUCUUGAUGGCUGGCUGGGCAACGGGAUAUACAUUCCGGUGUGAUCCAGUAGAUUACUCCAACAGCCCGAAAGCUCUUCGGAUGGUGCGUGUAGCAUGGCUGUUCUUAUUUUCCAAAUUUAUUGAGCUGUUUGACACGGUAUUCUUUGUCCUGCGGAAGAAGAACAGUCAGAUUACCUUUCUUCACAUCUUCCACCACUCGAUAAUGCCUUGGACCUGGUGGUGGGGUGUCAAGUUUGGACCAGGUGGUAUGGGAUCUUUCCAUGCCAUGGUGAACUCUAUUGUCCACGUCAUCAUGUACUUCUAUUAUGGUCUGUCUGCAGCUGGUCCAGCGUUUCAGAAAUACCUCUGGUGGAAAAAGUAUAUGACGGCAAUCCAACUGGUCCAGUUCAUUGUUGUCUCAUUGCACGUCACCCAGUACUACUUCAUGGAUCACUGUGAUUACCAGUUCCCCAUCUUCAUCCAUCUUGUGUGGAUGUAUGGAACAUUCUUCUUUAUCCUUUUUUCCAACUUCUGGUACCAGGCCUACACCAAAGGCAGGAGGCUGCCCAAGAGCAUGGAACACAAAUGCAAAGCAGCUGUGAAGAAUGGCAAACCAGCCGUGGAAAAUGGUGGGCACUUGCUGGAAAAUGGGGAGGUGAUGAAUGGGAAAGUGAAGACAAAGUAACAAUGGAUAACUUUUUAAUAAACACCAAUUAUUGUAUUUUUGUGUUUUGGAAAGUUUUCAGGAGGGAGGGUGCAGCAAGUAUCUGGUUUUGAACUUGACUUGAGAAUUUCAUGAAGCCGAUUAAUCACUUUGGCACCAUGUUGGCAUUUAACCUGGGGAAAGAAGUCUGACCUAAUGUUUUAAGGAUCCUCUGUGAUUAACAAAUGGCUUGUGGUUAAUCGAGUCUGAAUUUUGUUUGGAAUCAUUGCACUUGUUUAAUUGGCAUUGGGGGUGCAAGGAUAAUGCAGACUGUAUGACAUGGGAGAGGAAGCUCCACACCUCUGACUAAAAGGUCAGUUCAGUGCUGGUCUGUGUUGGAGGCUAGCCUUGGACAUGCUCUAUUUAGAGCAGUUGAAUGUGCAAUUUUUCAGCUUCUUAUCCUAUUCUACCAGUGUUGGAUUUAAUAAUUCCUCCAGAUCUGCAAAGAACUAAAAGUGUAACGGUGUUGGCUUUUAACCCUUCCUCAAAGACCUGCAGACAAUUAAACCCAUAAUGCUGUUGAUUCUAGCCACCAUCACGCUGUGCAGUUGAAAGCUAUGUCAAAGUGCUCUGAAAUGGCCCAAUUGGUUGAGCCUAUCUUUAGUAAUUUAUAAUAUAAUAUCUAGUUUAAAAAUAAGCAUCAGUCUCCAUCAAUAUAUGUAACAUUAUACUAAAUAUAAUUAAAUAUUUUACACUUUUAUUUGCUUGAAUCUAGCAAUGUUGCUGUAUAUUUUGGGAAUGAAGGAAACCACAAUAUUUAAAAGAAAUAGCUGCUUAGUGGGACAGUGUUAUUGUUUUCCAUACAGCAGGGAUCAAAUUUUAUUAAUGUUUUUUGGGUGGGGGAAAAGGAGAGUCAAUUAAAAAGCUUUAUCACUUGCUAAAUACCCUGUAGGCGGUGAAACCCAUGAGUAACCCUUUUCCUUUUGAUCUGUUAUUACUGGGGACUGAACAACAUGCCAAAUGAGGGUAGUUCUCAAAGGCCCUCCAUAGUGAGUUGUUGGAUGCUGGCGAGAUCUACUGAGAUGAAUACCAUGGCUAUAACUAGCUGCAUAAUUAGGCAGCAGACACCAAUUUUUUUGAAAAAAGACAGUAAAUUGAAGUAUAGGUGCUGCUUAAUGAUUAUUGCUUAUAUAUUCAUUACUUUAUUCUGAAUAGCCUUUACCUUCUGUCUACUAUCCCAACCCAAAGCUACAGAAUAAUAGGAGUUGGGUUGAUGCUGGGUGUACACUUUUUUUCCUUGCAGUAGGUGCCAGCUGUCUGUGGUGAUGAGCAUCAUGUGACGCCAUCCUUGAGGAUAAACUGCUGAUGGCACACCUCAGCUAUAGAGCUCCAUUAGCUUUUUUUUGAAGUACAAUACUUGAAAAGCAGUACAAGUACAUCUUUAGUUCUUUGCAAAUCGUUUUCAUACAGUUAAAACAGAUCCCCGUGAACAAAAGAACAGUGAAGGAAAAUCUCUGGGAUUAUGAUAUCACAGGAGCAAGUUUCAAUAGGAAUUCUCUGACACUGAAAUAAACUCAAUUUCAAAACUCAAAAUGUGUGUUCUGUUUUUAUACUUACUGGAAUGGGGAUCACCUGACAGCUUGCUAGAUUUAAAGCAUAGAGGCUUAUUCCCUGAAUUGCCAGUUUUCCCUCUUUAUCAAUGACUUUUGUAAUCUGUUGCCACUGGAAUUUUGUUUCAUGUUGUCUCAUUUGUGUUAAUUCCUGCACCAGAGAGUUGUUGGAGGAUGCUUGUUUCUUAUCCAAUUUAAUGUUAUAGUAAUUGAAUCCCUAAUGAUUUAAGGCUGCCAUCAUGGGAGAGAUGCUGGGUGUAUAUGGGGGGGUGGGGGGGGGGGCGGGGAGAGAUGCUGAACAUUU